AUGGAGGGGGUGGGAAAAGAAGAGGGCAAGGUCCGAGCUAGGAAGGCAGAAGGCAGCCUGAAUUUAGAUGGAGUGGCUGAUGUGACAUUAACAUCAGGUGGCCCCCAACUUAGUAAAGAAGAUGAUGUCAUCCGCGGAGAGUGCAGAUACCUCAGUGGGGCUGAGGACUCAAGAGAAGUUCGGGAAAUUCUGGGGAAAUUGAUGGAUGGAAAUGAGUCAGGAGCUAAAUUGAAGUUAACCUCAGUGGAGAAUAGCACAGAAGCAACAGAGUUCAUCCUCUUGGGAUUCACAGAUGACCCCAACCUCCAGGUUCCCCUCCUCCUGGUAUUUUUGUUCAUCUACCUCAUCACUUUGGUUGGGAAUCGGGGGAUGGUGCUGGUCAUCUACUCAGACUCCCACCUCCACACUCCAAUGUACUUCUUCCUCAGCAACCUUUCCUUUGUCGAUCCGGGUCACUCAUUAGCCGUAGCUCCCCAGACGGUGGCUGCACUGCACUCGGGAAACAAACUCAUCUCCCACAAUGGAUGUGCUCCUCAGUCCUUCUUCUUUGUGGGUUUUGCCACCGUCAAGUGCUACCUCCUGGCCUCCACGGCCUGUGACCCCCGUGCAGUGCUGUGUAGGCCCCUUCAUUACACCAGCACCAUGAUAGCAGGUGUGUAUGCCCUCCUGAGGAUGGGCUCCUAUGUCUGUGGCUUCCUCAAUGCCUGUGGCUUCCUCAAUGCCUGCAUCCACUCAGCAGACACCUUCAGACUCUCCUUCUGUGGUUCAAAUGAGAUGAAUCACUUUUUCUGUGAAGUCCCUCCACUCCUGGCUCUCUCGUGCUCCAACACAGGCAUGAGCAAGCUGGUGGCCUUCUUUGUCGUGGGCUUCAAUGUCUUUUUCACCCUCUUGGUCAUCCUCAUCUCUUACUUCUUCAUAUACAUGGCCGUUUGACGGAGGCGUUCUGCGGAAGGAAGGAAGAAAGCCUUCUCCACCUGUGCGUCCCAUCUCACGGCCAUCUCCAUUUUCUAUGGAACAAUCAUCUUCAUGUACUUACAGCCCAGCUCCACCCAGUCCAUGGACAUGGACAAAAUAGCAUCUGUGUUUUACACGGUGGUGAUUCCCAUGCUGAACCCCUUGGUCUACAGUCUUAGGAACAAAGAAGUGAAACAUACUCUCUGGAAAAUACUCAACAAACUUAAUUCCCAGUCUUUAAGUGUGAGUAGGAAGUAG